AUGGCCGAAGCCCAACAGCCUCCCCCAGUCACAGCUCCCACGGCCCUGCCCACAGCACGCCUUGAAGACGAGCAUCUUCCGGCAGUAUCGUCUCCUCUCAAUCCUGAUGCCGCUGCUUCCCGCACCCGGAGAGAAAAGAAGGCAACAUUCAAGGCUCGUGGAGACGAUGCAGACAGCAAAGGAACCACGAAAAAGCGCAAAAGAUCAACUGAGCCCACGCACAUCUCUCCAAUGCGAUACAAACUGCCUCUGCCAAAGGCAGCUGACUAUGAACCCCCCAAAGCGCCAACAUUCUCACCUAUUCCUGGUAGAGAGGAGUGGAUGGAAUCGUCAGAGCAUGUCUACAAUAGGAAGUCUUUUAGAUACACGAAAGCAAUCUCUGACCCUUCCUUCCCCGCCCUUCAAUACCAUCGACAGACAGAGACGGCCUCUGGCUCAAGCUUCGAGCCCGAGGAUACAUCGCCACACGUCUUCUUCUCGUCGCCCAACUGCACUGCCGUCACCACCCAGAAAGGCUUCCGCAUGGCCCGAGCAACCACUGGUGCCAGGGAAGGCAGGUACUAUUGGGAAGCUAAGAUUUUGAGCGGUAUCAGAGCUGAUCCAAUGGAUGGAGAACCGCGAGGUCAUGUUAGAAUUGGGUUCGCACGCAGAGAGGCGCAGCUGGACGGGCCAGUUGGGUUUGAUGCGUACAGUUAUGGUAUAAGAGACGUUUCUGGGCAGAAAGUUCAUAUGUCAAGGCCGAAGGACUUCGCCAACGCGGACUUUGUUGAAGGGGAUGUCAUUGGGCUGGAGAUCUGCCUGCCUUCACUCUCUUUACAUCGAAAAGUGGCUGAAGGAACUUACAACAAAGCCGUGGACGUGUCUGAUGACCUGGAUCCUAUCGCCGCCCACGAGUAUCUCGAUAUUAUCAGAGACCGUGUGCCCAUACGCUUUAAAAACACGCUUUACUUCGAACAAUAUGAAUACUCCUAUCAGAAACCACUAGAAGAUUUGAUGAAUCCAGCUCCAACCGCCUCAGUGGGUGCUGGAACCGCUGCAACUGAUCCUCCGAAUCCGAAUCACCCCGAACCCUCCUUGCGUACUCUACCAUUCUCAAGCAUGAAGGUCUACAAAAAUGGCGAGCUACUUGGCACUCCGUACACUGAUUUGCUAGCAUUCCUCCCUCCUUCGUCUAAGCCUCCAAAUCAAGCUGGCGCAAGAGAGGGUUUCGACGAUGGCAGUCUUGGCUACUAUCCAGCGAUCAGUGUCUUCCGAGGCGGUGCUGCAGAAGCCAAUUUCGGGCCACGUUUCUGGUUCCCACCGCCUGACCUGGCUGUGGACGAAGAUACCGAAAUGGCAGAUUCUUCGGAUAUCAAACUCAAUCCAGUCACGAAAAAGCAAAUUGCGGGCCAGCACAGCAAUCUGCGACCUAUGAGUGAACGCUUCAAUGAGCAGAUUGCAGAAGAUAUUGUCUAUGAUCUGGUAGAUGAAGUGGACUUCUGGUCACAAUGUAUAGGCGAUACAGAGGCAGAUAUGAAUGGAUUUAGUGAGCAGGGAACAACGGCCUUGCUGGAUCCGGAAGCGUCGGAUGUGCUGGGGAGUGGGAGGGAGAUCAAACAGCUCGUUCAGGACGAAGUCUGA